AGUUCCUGCUCGGAUCUAGCAGCAGUCCUUGCACAUCACCAUAGAUUCUGCAGGUUAUGUCUGCGGUUCUAGAGCAGGUACCUUUAACCCUGGCCACCAGGCCAACGAGGGAGUUUUCCAAAUGGGCCCCAGCCGUCAGGGCUAGGCCCGGCAUGAGGGCGACGGAGCCGGAUUUUGAUCACAAGAUCAGCGUGGGCUUAGCGCUGAUCCCUGCGGGCCUGGCUGUGGCUUCCCGACGACGAAGGGAGUGCCGGCGCCAUCGCCUCGCGAUGGCUUCAGCUCAAACCAACCUCGCCAACGACACCCUGAAGGGAGCAGCGAAGGUCUGCUCAGAGUGUGGGAAUGUCUUUGCAGAGGACUCUUUGUUUUGCCGGAUGUGCGGGACACCACGUUCGGGAACCUUGGGAGUUGGGGCGAAAAAGGCUGCUCCAAAAGCAGAGGAGCCGAAGAAAGGCCAUUUCCCCCCAAAGCCCACCCCGCUGUUGGACUCGCUUGGCGAUGAGGGCACCCAGCGGAUUCGGAGCAUGUCUGUGCCGGAGCUGAAGCAGCUCGCAGACGAGGUUCGUUGGCAGGUGCUCGAUGCCGUAUCUGUCACCGGCGGACAUUUGGGUGCAGGGCUGGGUGUGGUGGAGCUGACGGUAGCCUUGCAUCACACCUACGACACGCCGCGAGAUGAGAUCUGCUGGGAUGUGGCUCAUCAAUGCCAACCGCACAAGGUGUUGACUGGCAGGCGAUCACGCAUCUACACGCUGCGUCAGGGAGGCGGUCUGUCCGGCUUUGCGAAGCGAAAGGAGUCUGUCUAUGAUGCAUUUGGUGCUGGACACUCCUCCACCUCAAUUAGUGCCGCCGUUGGCUUUCAGACGGCCAAAGAUCGGCUCGGCAGGUCGGGUCACAGCAUUGCGGUCAUUGGGGAUGGUGCCAUCACUGGUGGCAUGGCUUGGGAAGCCAUGAACCAUGCUGGCGGCAUGGGCUCGAAGAUGGUCGUUGUCCUUAACGACAACGGGCAGGUCUCCUUGCCAACGUUCUACAACAAGGUGCAGCAGCCUGUUGGAGCGCUUUCCGAGACUCUUGCUGGCACGACUACCACAGAGACACGAGGCCUGAACAUCCAGGGCAACAUUGCAAAGCUGGAGACGUCUUCAGCCUUCCAGAGCGCAAGACAGCUUGCGAAGAAUGCCACGAAGUCUCUCCUUCCUGACCAGCUGUCUAAAGCGGCGGCCAAGCUCGACGAGUACACCCGCGACUUUGUAAAGACUGUGCCCUUCCAGGGAAGCGGCUCUGGAAGCCAGGGCGAGCUGUUUGAACAGCUGGGAUUUUACUACGUCGGCCCGAUCGAUGGUCACGACAUGGAAACAUUGGUUCAGGUUCUGGAGAACAUCCGCAACGAUCAUGAAAGUGGCCUUCUGCAGAAGCCCGUGUUCCUGCACAUCAAGACGAAGAAGGGCUAUGGCUACGAACCGGCGCAGCAGGCUAGCGACAAGUUGCACGCUGUGAUGCCAAAGUUCAAUGUUCCGAAGAAGCCGGAAGACGUGCCGCAGAAGCCGAAGCCGCCCCCGCUGACAAAAGUCUUUGGCGAUCAACUGGUGCGAGAGGGUGAGCGUGAUGAGAAGGUUGUGGCUAUCACGGCCGCAAUGCCGGGUGGCACUGGCAUCGGAAUCUUUGAGAAGCGCUUCGGCCCCGAUCGCACCUUCGAUGUGGGCAUCGCGGAGCAGCAUGCAGUCACAUUUGCUGCUGGGCUCGCUGCUGGAGGUCUCAAGCCGUUCUGUGCCAUCUACUCCACGUUCUUGCAACGGGGCUACGAUCAGCUUGUUCAUGAUGUGGCCCUUCAAAAGCUGCCAGUGCGCUUCAUCCUUGAUCGAGCUGGCCUUGUUGGGGCGGAUGGAGCAACACACUGCGGAGCUUUUGACUUGUCGUUCAUUGGCUGCAUACCUGAGAUGAUGAUCGCAGCUUCUGCCGACGAGGCGGAGCUCAUUCACAUGGUCCACACUUUGGCACAGAUCGAUGAUGCGCCGACUGCUCUCCGGUUUCCGCGCGGCAGCGCCUACGGUGACCUGGAGAUGCCCUCGGAGCCACGAUUCCUGGAGCCUGGCAAAGGGCGCAUCGCCCGCGAGGGCCGAGAUGGCACCCUCGCCAUCUUGUCCGUUGGGGGUCGUUUGCGUGAGGCUUUGAAGGCAGCAGAAGAGCUGGAGGAAAAGCACGGCAUUUCUGCAACUGUCGCGGAUGCUCGUUGGGUCAAACCUCUCGACAAGAAGCUCGUGGGCUGGUUGGCAGCCGACCACAAAGCAGUCAUCACAAUUGAGGAGAAUGCAAUUGGAGGAUUUUCGGCGCAAGUGCAGCAGGUACUGCUAGACGGUGGCUAUCUUGACGGCCUGGGGACGCCUGUGGCCCUGCGAAGCAUGGUGCUGCCGGACCGGUGGAUCGAUCACAACACCCCUGAGCUUCAGUAUGAUGAUGCACAUCUGAAUGCGAAGAACAUAGUCCAAAAGGCAUUGGCAGUGAUGAAGCGAGUUGGCGUGAAGGUGACGGGAUGAUGAUGCGUGAUGCGUGUUUUUUGGUUAAUUCACUAUGCUGACCAGAAGGUGUCUUCUGACUUUGAUAAUUGUUUCAUCUUUUGAUGCCCCUUGGGAAAAGAU